AUGGAGAAAACUGAACAGGCGCACCAAAUGGCCAGUUUGUAUGACGCUCAUUGCAGUGUUCAGUGUGAGCGUGGGCGAACCUUGGUUACCAAUCAUCUUCGCCCAUUUCCUGGUCAAAGGGUUCUGGAUUUGGGCUGCGGCACCGGGAGAUUGGCCAGAGAAAUCGGGUGUGCUGUUGGAAAGCAGGGAAGCGUCCUGGGUGUCGACCCUAAUGCUGCCAGAGUAGCCUUAGCGAAGGAACAGGAAGCAAAGUGCUCUGAGUCGGAUCAUCGUAACGUGGCGUUCAUGACUGGUCUUGUUCAUGAUGCAGAGCAGCACGGACCGUUUGAUGCUGUGUUCUCCAACUAUGUGCUUCACUGGGUACCCGAAGAAGACAUUGAUGCUACCAUGGUCGGUAUCGCCAAAUGUCUGAAGCCUGGAGGUCGUCUUUGCGCUUCGCUAACUGGCCAUACAGGUCACUGCGCCAAUGAUCUUUCACUACUUACAACAGGUCAAACAGAAGAAGCCGUUACUGGUAUGCACUUUCGCUCGCUCCAGUACUGGACAGGCAAGUUGACUGAGGCCGGUUUACAGAUAGACUAUGCCGCGGAGGACAACACCACCGCUAUCAACUUUCCCACUCUUCUAGAAUAUUUCGAGUUUGUCAAGGCGUACAGCGAAGGUGCGGUGGAUUAUCAGAACCUUUCUCCCAAGGAUUUAAACGAUUUCAUGGCGAAGCACAACCUAGGGUGUUUGACGUCUAAGUUUGUGUGGACUAUGUCUUCGCUAUGUGUUGUGGGAGUCAAGCCCUGA